GGUGCGUCCCCCUCGGCUCCAGGUACGAGCGAUCUUCGCUGGGUGCUGGGCGUAGGCGGCCUCUGUCGCGAGGGCUUGCGAGCCCACUCCGGACCCCCAGAAGUUAUAGGCCAGGCCCCAAGAGGAUGUGGAAAACCCACCCACGGGCCUAGGGGAGCCAGAGAAACAGCAGAGGGUGCAGCAGCUGGAGUCAGAGCUCAGCAAGAAACGAAAGAAAUGCGAGAGCCUGGAGCAGGAAGCCCGGAAAAAGCAGAGGCGAUGUGAGGAGCUGGUGAGCUCCCGAGGGCCUCCCCGAGGCCAGCCAGGUGGAACUGCAGCUGAGAGAAGCCCAGAAUGAGAAUGCCCGACUCGUGGAGGAGAAUUCUCGGCUCAGUGGGAGAGCCACGGAAAAAGAGCAGGUGGAGUGGGAGAAUGCAGAGCUGAGGGGCCAGCUCCUGGGGGUGACACAGGAGAGGGACUCAGCCCUUCGCAAGAGCCAGGGCCUGCAGAGCAAGCUGGAGAGCCUGGAGCAGGUGCUGAAGCACAUGCGGGAGGUGGCCCAGCGGAGGCAGCAGCUCGAGGUGGAGCAUGAGCAGGCUCGGAUCAGCCUGCAGGAGAAGCAGGAGGAGGUCCGGAGGCUGCAGCAGGCCCAGGCAGAAGCCAAGAGGGAACAUGAAGGGGCUGUGCAGCUGCUAGAGUCAACCCUGGAUUCCAUGCAGGUCCGGGUUCGAGAGCUGGAAGAGCAGUGCCGCAGCCAAACAGAGCGCUUCAGCCUCCUGGCACAGGAGCUCCAGGCCUUCCGCCUGCACCCCGGCCCCUUGGAUCUACUCACCUCUGCCUUGGGCUACAGUACCCUUGGGGACCACCCACCACCCCCCUGCUGCUGCUCUACCCCCCACCCCUGCCGUGGGUCUGGCCCCAAAGACCUUGACCUCCCUCCGGGCUCUCCUGGGCGCUGCGCCCCAAAGUCUUCUGAGCCUGUCCCUGCAACCGUUGUCGGGGUCCCUCGAAGGACGGCCAAGAAGGCAGAGUCCCUCUCCAACUCCUCUCGCUCUGAAUCCGUCCACAACAGCCCCAAGUCAUGCCCCACACCCGAGGUGGACACAGCCAGUGAGGUGGAGGAGCUGGAGGCAGACAGUGUCUCCCUGCUCCCAGCAGCACCAGAGGGCAGCCGCGGAGGAGCCAGGAUCCAGGUGUUCCUAGCACGCUAUAGCUACAACCCCUUCGAGGGCCCCAAUGAGAACCCAGAGGCAGAGCUUCCGCUUACUGCUGGCGAGUACAUCUACAUCUAUGGCAACAUGGACGAGGAUGGCUUUUUUGAAGGGGAGCUCAUGGAUGGCCGAAGGGGCCUGGUCCCUUCCAAUUUUGUAGAGCGUGUGUCCGACGAUGACCUCCUGACCUCCCUCCCUCCGGAGCUGGCCGAUUUGUCCCACAGCUCAGGCCCCGAACUCAGUUUCCUGAGUGCAGGCGGGGGUGGCAGCAGUAGCGGGGGCCAGAGCAGCGGGGGACGCAGCCAGCCCAGACCUGAGGACGAGGCUGCGGGGGACGAGCUCAGUCUGAGCCCCCAGCCUGAGGGCCUGGGCGGGCCCCCUGCUGUGCCUUACCCACGGGGUCUGGUGGUCCUCAGGCAGCUGGCCCACAGUGUGGUGCUGGCCUGGGAGCCGCCUCCUGAGCGAGUGGAGUUACGCGGCUACCAUAUCUGCGUGAACGGGGAGCUGCGUCAGGCCCUGGGGCCGGGGGUGCCCCCCAAGGCUGUGCUGGAGAACCUGGACCUGCGGGCCGGGCCCCUCCGUGUUUCUGUGCAGGCCCUGACCAGCCAGGGCAGCUCCGACCCUCUGCGCUGUUGCUUGGUGGUGGGUACCCGGGCCGGGGUGGUACCUAGCCAGCUGCGGGUCCAUCGACUGACAGCCACGUCUGCUGAGAUCACCUGGGUGCCCGGCAAUAGCAACUUGGCCCAUGCCGUCUACCUCAAUGGGGAAGAGUGCCCCCCUGCCCGCCCCAGCACCUACUGGGCCACCUUCUGUCACCUGCGGCCUGGUACUCUCUAUCAGGCCCGAGUGGAGGCUCAGCUCCCACCUCGAGAGUCCUGGGAACCAGGCUGGGAAAGGCCGGAGCAGCGGGCUGCCACCCUGCAGUUCACCACACUCCCAGCAGGCCCACCUGAUGCCCCCCUGGAUGUGCAGAUUGAGCCGGGACCCUCCCCUGGAAUCUUGAUCAUCAGCUGGCUCCCAGUAACAAUUGAUGCUGCUGGCACUUCCAAUGGCGUCCGGGUCACGGGCUAUGCCAUCUAUGCUGAUGGGCAAAAGAUCAUGGAGGUGGCGUCACCCACGGCAGGCAGCGUGCUGGUGGAGCUGUCCCAGCUGCAGCUGAUGCAAGUGUGCAGUGAGGUGGCUGUGCGCACCAUGUCACCCCAUGGCGAGUCAGCUGACUCCAUUCCAGCUCCUGUCCCCCCAGCCCUAGUGGCGGCCUGCCUACCAGCCACGGUCUCUUGCCCCUCACCGCGGCCGGGCUCGGAAGCCAGACCACCCCUUGCUCCAGCCUCCCCGGGGCCUGGAGACCCCAGCUCUCCCCUCCGGCGCCCUGACCCCCACGGAACUCGAGAGCCCCCCGGGGCCCCCCCAGCAAGCCCUCCCAGAGAGGCAGCAAAAGGAUCCCCCGAGGAGCCCCCAGCACCUUGCUCCCAGGAGGAGGCUGGGGCAGCUGUGCUGGGCACCUCAGAGGACGGGAGGGCCAGCGAGCCAGCUGUGGGAGAGAGAGCUCCUGACCCUGCAGCUUCACCGCUGGCCCAGGAAGAGGCCCUUCUGGCACCCUGCUCCACCCAAGGAGCUCUCGCCCAGCGAGUGCCCUGUGCUGAGGCCUGCCGCGGAGGAGAGGCAGGGUCUGGGCUGAGGCCCAGGGCUGAGAGGGAGGACACGGCAGAGCUCGGGGUCCGUCUGGUGAACUCCCUUGUGGACCAUGGCCGCAAUUCAGAUCUCUCAGACAUCCAAGAGGAGGAGGAGGACGAGGAGGAGGAGGAAGAGGACCUGAGUUCCAGGACUUGCUCUUUCCAGAAGCAGGUUGUUGGCAACAGCAUCGGGGAGAAUGGGGCCAAGCCCCAGCCCCAGCCUGACCCCUUCUGUGAGACCGACAGCGACGAGGAGAUCUUGGAGCAGAUCCUCGAGCUGCCCCUCCAGCAGUUCUGCAGCAAGAAGCUUUUUAGCAUCCCUGAAGAGGAAGAAGAGGAGGACGAGGAAGAUGAGGUGGAGGAUGAGGAAGACGAGGAGAGGCCAGGGGCAGGCUGUUCUUCUCGAGACCCCGGCCCACCCGAGUCUGCAUUGCUGGGGCUGGGCUGUGACAGUGGUCAGCCUCGAGGACCUGGCCUGUGUCCCUUGUCUCCAGAGCCCUGCAGGGGUGGGGACCGCCUGGAAGACAUACCAGGACUAGUUGGUGGAAGCAUCCGGAGGAAAGGAAGUGGCUCCCCUGAGAAGCCCCCAAACCGCAGGCGGUCCCCAGAUCCCCGUGAACACUGCAGCCGACUUCUCAGCAACGGCGGGCCCCAGGCCUCCGGACGACCGGGCCCCACACGGGAGAGGGGCAGCCCCCCUGUGGGCGAGGGGACCAAGGGUGUGCCAGAGGCUGGUGGGAGAGGGCGGCCGGCCCCUUCCCGGAGAUGCUCCCGUGGCCGGGCUCCAGAAUCUAGCCUGGCCGGCUGCUUCUCCCCCAAGUGCUUGGAAAUCAGCAUCGAAUAUGAUUCUGAGGACGAGCAGGAGGCGGGCAGCGGUGGCAUCAGCAUCACCAGCUCCUGCUACCCUGGAGAUGGGGAGGCCUGGGGCACGGCCCCCAUAGGAAGGUCCAGGGGGCCUCUGAAGGCCAAUUCGGGCCCCACCCCCUACCCACGCCUUUCGGCCUGGGAGAAGGGGGAGCCAGAGCGGAGAAGCCGCGGUGCGACUGGCAGAGCCAAGGAGCCACCCUCCCGGGCAACAGAGACUGGGGAGCCCAGAGGGCAGGACAGCUCUGGGCGGAGGGGCCCCCUGCGGAGAGGGGCCCAGGCCCCCAGGACGGGCGGUACCGAGUUGGCCUCUCUGAGGAGCCCCCCGGCAGAAGCGCCGGUUUACCAGGACCUACCUGUCAGGGCCUUUGUGGCUCUGUUUGACUAUGACCCGGUGUCAAUGUCACCCAACCCUGACGCUGGGGAAGAGGAGCUCCCCUUCCGGGAGGGCCAGAUCCUGAAGGUGUUUGGGGACAAGGAUGCCGAUGGCUUCUACCGCGGUGAAGGUGGGGGUCGGACAGGCUACAUCCCCUGCAACAUGGUGGCUGAGGUGGCUGUGGACAGUCCCACAGAGAGACAGCAGCUGCUCCAGCGGGGUUAUUUGUCCCCAGAUAUUCUCACUGAAGGCUCAGGGAAUGGUCCCUUUGUGUACUCUACAGCCCGCACAGCUGGGCCUCCCCCCAAGCCCCGCCGCUCCAAGAAAGCUGAGGCAGAAGGCUCUGCCCAACCCUGUGCAGGCCGCCCCCAGCAGGUCUCCUCUGCCAGCUUGAAAUCCUCCCGUUCCAUGGUGGCUGCAUUUGACUACAACCCUCGGGAGAGCUCCCCCAACAUGGAUGUGGAGGCAGAGCUGCCCUUCCGGGCAGGCGACAUCAUUACUGUGUUCGGUGACAUGGACGAUGAUGGUUUCUACUAUGGGGAGCUCAAUGGACAGAGGGGCUUGGUUCCAUCCAACUUCCUGGAGGGCCCUGGACCUGAGGCGGGCAGCUCAGACAGGGAGCCUGGGACAUCCCAGGCCGAAAGUCAGGACUGGGCCAGCUCAGCACAAGGGCCCCUACUGCCCAGAGGCUGGUCCUGUGCCCCUGGCCCUGGCAGCUUCCCCACAAUUGAACUGGGGGGGCCACAGGGCACAAGCGAGAAGGUGUGGGGUCUCCUCUCCAAGGGAAAGCAGCUCCUAAGGAAACUGGGCUCUGGGAAGAAGGAGUGAUGCUGUGGCCCAUCCUACAGGCAGAAGCGGCCCCCUGAGGCCCCUGGGGUCACGGGGUGGGGAAGGCCUUGGACGCCCAUUCUUCUGAGUUAACACUGUGGCACUUGGAUGGGAAUCAGAGACUCUUUGAAGGUCAGAGCUAGAUGAGUCCUCAAGGAUGAAUCCUCUGGAGGGGCACCUUCCUCUUAUAGGAGGGGAAACUGAGCCGCAGAAUGAGGAAAUCACUCGGUCAAGGUUGCUGAGCACCUCAGUCACAGAGCCAGGACCUGUGACUGCCCGUCCAUCCACCUAUGCCUACUUUCCCGCCACACGAUGCUAGUCCCUUCUUUGAUCCUCCCCGCUCCGAUGGCGCAGGCUAUCCUGACAUGUCUUCCUUUCCCUGAAGGCAAGUUUGCACUGGAUCCCCCUGGAGCCCCCCUCCCCAUGGGGCAGGCGGGCGGAACCCUGUAUAUAUGUACAUACUCAGUGCCUCAGUCCAGCCUCCUCCACCUCGCUUCCACCGCACAGGCCCAGGAAGGAGACAGGCCAUGCCAAAGCGGGCCUAACCCCGCUCCAUAGUGCUCCACCCCUCCCUGCCAGCCCGGCCUCCUGGCCCCUGUGUGUCUCACCCCCAAAGGCCCUGGGGCCAGCGGGCAGAAAGCAGGAGUUGGGUUUGCCUUAUUUUGCUCAUUGGAUUCAACUUCUCGUUUGCAUCAUUUUCCUCUGGCCCCUGUUGGAGUCUGGGGGCUGAGGAAGAGGACAGAUUUAUGCAGCUAUUUUCAUACAUUCCCUGUCCAGAAUGGGGUAGAGAGCUCUCCACCCUUACCCUCACCACCCCCUCUAAUCCUGCGGCUGGGUGAGUGUCUCUGCAUGUUUCCUUCACUGUGGUGGGAGAUCGUUCGACUGAACCCCCACCCCCGGCCUUGGUCUCCAGGGGUGUGGAAUGGUGGGGGUAUUUGUUUAAAAAGACAUUUUAUUAUAAUAAAGUCUAUUUUCACAAAA